GUGUCCAGAUGGGUGGCCAGGGGCGGCAUGGGCCCCCUAAGAAAUCUGAUUGGCCACCACAGGUGCCCUCCCAAAAAAUACUAAACUGUGAUUGGCUAUUUGCCCUGUGAGAGGAGGGACUUGUGUUAAACCAACCAAUUCGUUUUUUUGUUUUUUUUGGGGGGGGAAAGGCUACAAUUUUGUCUUUAUGUAUCAAUGUCUAUUUCAUAAGACUGGCACAUAGCAAAGUAAUGCACUCUGUCUUACUAACAAUGAGCUAACUGGCAAUGUGUACGGACCAAAACAUUAGCAAAUUAGACCGUGCAGGAGUUUGCACGCAAAUUUCCAAGUACUUUAAGUUCUGACUUUAUCAUAAAUCUUCUUUUUGUGAAUUUAAACAAUAUAAGCCAUACACUUUCGUUAUAAAGUAGAUAUGAUUGGUGAAGUUAGAAAGGGUAGGCCUGUAUUUAUUUGUGUAUGUUUGUGCACACAUCACACACACGCUCCAGUUGGGCCACCCCAGUCAUGCAAGUCUGGACACGCCCCUGCUUAAGAAGUAAAGCGAAACUAGUGUAUAAGCUUGCUUGAGUAUACUUAGUUAUGUUCACCAAAUAAGUUCUGUCAAUUUCAUAGCAGGUUCUGUCAAAACAAGAAAGAAGUACUGCUAGGUAUAUUCACUUUUUUUUUUUAUUAAGUGUUUCUGUUGAAUCCACUUUUACACUGCUUCUUCACUAUAAUCACUGGCUGUGGCUCAGUGGUCUCAUCUUUUAACCAGAGGGUUGGGGGUUCAAUCUCAACCUCCUGCAGUCCAAGCGUCCUUGGGCAAGACACUGAACCCCUGAGCUCCUGCCGCUGUGCUGUGCUGUCACUGCAGUUCCAGUGAAACGCUUUGGCAACAACAAUGUUUGAUCUGUGUAAGCCUGUUUAACAUGUGGCACACCCUGCAUGAAGAGAUCAUUUGGUUGACUGUUUGCAUACUGACAUACCUUUUAAAGAUGAGGAAAAAAACAAAAAACUUGCAGAGCCUUUCAUCAGAAGUGAAACUGAACAAGGCCAAAGGAAAAGCAUGCACACAGCACUUUGGGAGUAAAGAGACAAAGAGACGGAAGGCUCUGUGAUUAAGGAGUAUCUAAGAAGCUGAAAGAUAUGGCCUCCGCUCAAGCAUCACCCUGCAACACUGGCUCAAUGGAGAAGCAUGUCACAUGCACCAUCUGUAUGGAUGUAUUUGUGGAUCCUGUCACGACAGCUUGUGGACACUCCUUUUGUAAGAAAUGUCUGAGCCACAACUUUAAUUACAAUGACCUGGUGUGUCCCUUGUGCAAGCGGUAUCUGAGCCAAAAGCCAGAUGUGAACAUCGUCCUGAGAAGCAUUGUUGAAGAGAUGAAAAAACCGAUCCCAGAGAAAAAAGAUGUGUACACUGGGGCGCCCGGAGAAGUGGCCUGUGAUGUUUGCACAGGGCGAAAGCUGAAAGCCAAGAAGUCGUGCCUUGUGUGCCUCGCCUCGUAUUGUUCGACCCACCUGCAGAAUCAUUCUACGGCUCAAAGGUUAAAGGGCCACAAGUUGGUGCAACCUGUGGAGAACUUGGAUGAGAGGGCCUGUCUGCAGCAUGGACGCCCUUUAGAGCUGUACAGCAGGACGAAGGAGAGAUGUAUCUGUGUCCUCUGUAUGGAAGACGACCAGGAGAAGUUGGUUCCUACUGAAGAAGAAUGGCGCAGGAAGAAGGCUGAGCUUCAAAACAACAAGACUGAGUUUCAACAAAAAAUUGAAAACAGAAAAACAAGGAUGGAUGAGAUAAAUGCAUUUCUUAAGAGCUGUGAGGACCAGCUGAAUGAUGAAUGUGGGGCUAUCGAUGCUGUGUUCACAGCUGUGAUUGCAAUUGUGAAGGAAGCGCGUGACAGAGCCCUUCAGCCUCUAAAGGAAAGGAGGCAGGCUGUGGAAAAGGAGGCAAAAGACAUCGAGAAGAAGAUGAAAGCAGAGAUCUGCCAGCUUGUGAAAACCAUCUCUAAGCUGGACGAUAUAUCUGCGCUUGAGGAUCACAUCCUUUUCCUGCAGAAGUACCCAUCUCUUCAAGACCUGGACAACAUCAAAGAUUGCCCAGAGGUAGAGCUGGACACGUCACUGUCAUUUGGCACCAUGAGAAAAUUCACGACCGCCAUGUUGGAAUCAAUUCAACAGGAACUGGAGCGGCUGACCCCCAUUGAGAUUCAAAGAAUUCCAAAGUUCACAGUGGAUGUGAGGCUGGAUCCAGCCACUGCGCACCAACACCUCAUCCUUUCUGAUGAUGGUAAGGAAGUCAUAGACGGAGAAGAAGACCAGAGAGUUCCUGAUUCUCCAGAGAGGUUUGACGUGUUUGGCAGCGUCCUGGGUCUUAACAGGUUGACCUCUGGGAAGUCCUACUGGGAGGUGGAGGUCAGAAACAAGACUGGAUGGGAUCUGGGUGUAGCAAGAGGGGACGCAAACCGAAAGAGUAAACUAACGCUGACCCCAGACAAUGGGUACUGGGUUACUGUGCAUUAUGACGAUGAGAAGUAUGCAGCCCUGACAUCUCCACCAGUUCUUCUGUCCCUGACAGGGAAGCCUCAGAAAGUGGGAGUGUUUGUGGAUUAUGAGGAGGGUCUUGUGUCCUUUUAUGAUGUGGCUUCCAAAUCUCACAUCUACUCUUUUACUGACUGUUCAUUCAACGGCAGGAUCUUCCCAUAUUUCAGUCCCCAUUUGAAACGAGAUGAGGAAAACACGGAUCCUUUGAUUAUUUCUUCUGUGCAAAUUGGUGAACUGGAAAUGGAUCUGUCAUGAAGAUACGGGGUUAAGUUGUGUUUUGGUAAAUUUAGUUCUUUUUUCUUACAUUGAAUUGUUUCUUGUGUAAAAACAUUCAGGGUACUGUCUGGAGUUUCAGACAACCAUGAAAUAUUUCUUUAGAGAGGGAUACAACCGAAAAUAAAUGUUGUAACAGCAUGGCUUGGGAUUUGGGCCUAACAUUUCCAUCAUAGAAACAGGGAGGCGCUGGCUUAGCCACGGUGCGCCUAAAGGGACAAAAUAGUAUGCGAUUAAUCGCGUUUAAAAAAUGAAUGCAUUAAUUUCAGUCCUUAAUUAAUCGCAAUUAACAAGUUAAUGCCACACACACGUAUACAUAUAUGAUAUUAUCAGGAAGAAAAAGCAUAACAUGUCUUUUUUUUAAUCUACCAUGAAAUCUGAUUAUUAAAAAAAGGGGGGAGAGGGACUUCUGAAUAAUCUGUGUAAAUAUUGAAAACGUUGACAUUGUAUGUAACAAAUCAUCUAAAAUUGUCGAUUA